AUGUCAGAGCCCGGCAAAGAGUCGAUUCCCACCAGCGCAGACCCCAGAAGCAAACGGCCAACGAAGCGCCGCCAACUCACACCAGUCUCCGAACAAGCAAACCAAAUCAACGUCCUUUUCAAAGACCCCAGCAAAGAGGUCCACCUAGCACCCUUAUCCAAACCGCGAACACUAGACUCUCUUGCGCCACCCCCCGAAAUUGUCGCAAAUGUGCAAGGUUCAUCCGCCGGUGCGGGCUCAGGCGAAUUCCACGUCUACAAGGCGAGUCGCCGGCGCGAAUAUGAGCGCUUACGAUUGAUGGACGAGGAAUCGAAACGUGAAAAACAAACCGAGGAAUUCGAAAAGAAGAGAGCCGAGACACUGAGGAAGGAUCAGGAGAAGACGGAUAGGAACAGAAGGAAGCGCGAGAAACGUAAAGCGGCGGCAGCGAAGAAUAAGAACGGCGUUUCAUCCUCGACCGCGAUGGAGGUAGAUGGUGAUGCGGAGAAGAAGGCAAAGGCUCCUUCGACUCGACUUGGGCCUCUGCCUCCACGGGAUCGGGAUCAUGAUACGCACGCAAAUGAGAAUAAUGGGGAACAGCAAGUAUAUGAAGAGCAGGGGGUUAUAAUUCAUGAUGACGAUUGA